AUGAAAUAUGUUUGCAUCCUCAGAGGGAGGCAGAGCGUGGUGGUGCCAGGGAAGGUGGUGGCUGCAUCGUGCCAGGGCUCCCGGGGGCGCCCUCGGAAUGCGAUGAACUUGCCGCCCGACAAAGCCCGGCUGCUGCGGCAGUACGACAACGAGAAGAAGUGGGAGCUCAUCUGUGACCAGGAAAGGUUUCAAGUGAAGAAUCCUCCACAUACAUACAUCCAGAAGUUGAAGGGCUAUCUGGACCCGGCUGUAACCAGGAAGAAAUUCAGAAGACGAGUCCAGGAGUCUACUCAAGUACUGCGAGAACUGGAAAUUUCUUUAAACAAUCACAUCGGAUGGGUCAGGGAGUUCCUGAAUGAAGAAAACAAAGGCCUGGAUGUUCUGGUGGAGUACUUGUCGUUUGCACAGUAUGCUGUCACGUUUGACUUUGAGAGUUUGGAGAACAAUGUGGAAAACUCAAUGGACAAGUCCAAACCUUGGAGCCGCUCUAUUGAGGACCUGCACAGAGGCAGUAAUUUACCCUCACCGGUUGGCAACAGCAUCUCCCGCUCCGGCAGACACUCGACUUUACGGUAUAACACCUUGCCAAGCCGAAGAACAUUAAAAAAUUCCAGAUUAGUGAGUAAAAAAGAUGAUGUUCACGUCUGCAUCAUGUGUUUACGGGCCAUAAUGAAUUACCAGUAUGGAUUCAAUAUGGUCAUGUCGCAUCCACAUGCCGUUAACGAAAUUGCACUAAGUUUGAACAACAAGAAUCCCAGGACAAAGGCGCUUGUCUUAGAACUUUUAGCAGCUGUUUGCCUCGUCAGAGGAGGGCAUGAAAUCAUUUUAUCUGCGUUUGAUAAUUUUAAGGAGGUAUGUGGAGAGAAACAGCGCUUUGAGAAGCUGAUGGAGCACUUCCGAAAUGAAGACAACAACAUUGACUUCAUGGUGGCCUGCAUGCAGUUCAUCAACAUCGUUGUCCACUCGGUGGAGGACAUGAACUUCAGAGUCCACCUGCAGUACGAAUUUACCAAGCUUGGCCUGGAUGAGUACCUGGACAAACUGAAACACACGGAGAGCGACAAACUGCAGGUGCAAAUUCAAGCUUACCUGGAUAACGUUUUUGACGUGGGAGCUUUACUAGAGGAUGCUGAAACCAAGAAUGCAGCCCUGGAAAGGGUUGAAGAACUGGAAGAAAACAUUUCCCACUUAUCUGAAAAACUCCAAGAUACGGAGAAUGAAGCUAUGGCAAAGAUUGUGGAACUGGAAAAACAACUUAUGCAAAGAAACAAAGAACUGGAUGUGAUUCGGCCUCUGCCCGGGACAGCCUCUCCCACCGUGGUGUUCAACUCGGGGCUUGCAGCUGUGAAAAUCAAGAAGCCGAUCAAGACCAAGUUCCGCAUGCCGGUGUUCAACUGGGUUGCCCUCAAACCCAACCAGAUCAACGGGACAGUCUUCAACGAAAUCGAUGACGAGCGGAUCCUGGAGGAUUUAAAUGUGGAUGAAUUUGAAGAAAUAUUCAAAACAAAAGCCCAAGGUCCAGCCAUUGACCUUACUUCAAGCAAGCAAAAGAUAACUCAGAAAGGGUCAAACAAAGUCACGUUACUGGAUGCCAACAGGGCCAAAAACCUUGCCAUUACUUUAAGAAAAGCUGGAAAAACAGCAGAUGAGAUCUGCAAAGCUAUUCACGUGUUUGACCUGAAAACAUUACCGGUGGAUUUCGUGGAGUGCCUCAUGCGGUUCCUGCCCACCGAGAACGAAGUGAAGGUGCUGCGCCUCUACGAGCGGGAGAGGAAACCCAUCGAGAACCUGUCCGACGAAGACCGGUUCAUGAUGCAGUUCAGCAAGAUUGAGAGGCUGAUGCAGAAGAUGACCAUCAUGGCCUUUAUAGGCAACUUUGCCGAAAGCAUCCAGAUGCUGACCCCGCAACUUCACGCAAUAAUAGCUGCGUCUGUCUCAAUCAAGUCAUCCCAAAAGCUUAAGAAGAUACUGGAGAUAAUCCUGGCUCUCGGAAACUACAUGAACAGCAGUAAACGAGGAGCUGUGUAUGGAUUUAAGCUACAGAGUUUAGACCUGCUCCUAGAGACAAAGUCAACAGACCGAAAGCAGACUCUGCUGCACUAUAUCUCAAACGUGGUCAAGGAGAAGUACCAGCACGUAUCCCUCUUCUACAACGAGCUUCACUACGUGGAGAAAGCCGCUGCAGUGUCUCUGGAAAACGUCCUCUUGGAUGUGAAGGAGCUGCAGAGGGGCCUGGAUCUGACAAAGCGCGAGUACACCAUGCACGACCACAACACGAUGCUGAAGGAGUUCAUUCAGAACAACGAAGGGAAGCUAAAGAAACUGCAGGACGACGCCAAAAUAGCCCAGGAUGCCUUUGAUGAUGCUGUGAAGUACUUCGGGGAGAAUCCCAAGACAACACCCCCCUCGGUCUUUUUCCCAGUGUUUGUCCGGUUUGUGAAGGCCUACAAGCAAGCAGAAGAGGAGAAUGAGUUGAGGAAAAAGCAGGAACAGGCCUUAAUGGAAAAACUCAUGGAGCAAGAGGCACUGAUGGAGCAACAGGACCAAAAGUCUCCUUCACAUAAAACAAAGAGACAGCAGCAAGAGCUGAUUGCAGAGCUCAGACGGCGGCAGGUCAAGGAUAACAGGCAUGUGUAUGAAGGGAAGGAUGGUGCUAUUGAAGACAUCAUAACAGCCCUAAAGAAGAAUAAUAUCACUAAAUUUCCAAAUGUUCACUCGAGGGUAAGGAUUUCUUCUAGCACACCGGUGGUGGAGGAUACACAGAGCUGGCAAGCAUCACUUUUUACUUAGCUUCCUCCUCUCUCUGUAUGCCAGACAGCCUGUUGGUAGAUGUGGCAAAGCGUAAUACUGGUGAGAGCCUAAAGGCCGGUGGAGACCGAGACCGUUUAUUUCCGCCCUCUGUGGUGCUGGGGAUCCACAGGCCAUUGGCUGGCAACCACCUUCACUCUCCGGUUUGGCCCUUUCUCUUCCAAGUUGAGCCCGAGACAGGCAGUCUUGUCCCUGGGUUCUUUCAGCCCCAUAGUUCCCUGGAUAUUUUGCUGCCCCUGUCUCGGUCCUGCUCCGGGC